AUGUCUUAUCACUCUCUUCUACUCUUAUGGUUCCUUUUCUUUCUCUUCACCCACCCCUUACUUUCUCUCCCUUUCUUGCCUUCAGACAACGUCACACUCUAUGGUGACGCUUUCUUCAGCAACAACGGUAUCACUCUCACCAAAGAACAAUCCACGUGCCCUUUCUCUUCUUCUUCAUCAUCAUCAGGGAUAGGAAGAGCUUUCUAUGUCUACCCAGUUCGCUUUCUUGAUCCUGAAACUAACUCCACUGUUUCUUUCUCAGGCCGUUUCUCUUUCUCAAUCGUUUCAUCAUCUCCUUCUUGUUCUUCAGGUGAUGGCAUUGCCUUUCUCAUAGCCUCAACUACCGAGUUUGCAACACUUUCUAAAGGUUACAUGGGUCUUCCCUCACACGUUUUGGACAAAAAAGCUUCAUACUUUGCUGUGGAAUUUGACACCAGUUUGGACCCUUCACUUGGUGACCUUAAUGGAAACCAUGUUGGGAUUGAUGUUAACAGUGUCGUGUCUUUUGCUUCUGUGGAUGCUUUGUCACGUGGGAUUGACCUCAAGAGCGGGAAAAUGAUCACUGCUUGGGUAGAGUAUAGGGAUGCCAUGAAGAUGGUUCGUGUGUGGGUUGGUUAUUCUUCAACUAGGCCUACAACUCCAAUUCUUGCUUCACAAAUUGACCUUUCUGAGAAGUUUAAGGAUUUCAUGCAUGUUGGUUUUUCUGCCUCUAAUGGGCAGGGUUCAGGUGUUCACCUUGUUCAUCAUUGGCAGUUUAAAACUUAUGGGUAUUCCCCUUCAGUGAGUCCUAUUGACAUGGUGGAAGAAGGAGACUGUUUCUUGUGUUAUGCUGGGGAUUCAAGAAUGGCUCUUGGAUUGGGAGGGUUAACAUCAUUUCUGGUGUCAGGUUUGAUAGCUGCUGUGGCAGUGUGUGUUUUCUUGACAAAGAAAAAGGGUGGUUUAAGACAGAUUAGGGACGGGCAAAGUUGUAGAUUUCAGACAACUAAAGUGCCAACCAGAUUGUCACUUUCAGAGAUCAAAUCAGCCACAAUGGGGUUCAAUCAAAAUAGACUUGUUGGGGAAGGUGCAUCAGCAAAGGUUUAUAAAGGGUAUCUUCCACUUGGAGGAGUUGUGGCAGUGAAGAGAUUUGAGAGCGUUAAUGAUUUAGACUGUUUGCACAACCCUUUUGCAACUGAAUUUGCAACAAUGGUGGGUUACUUGAGGCACAAGAAUUUGGUUCAGCUUAAGGGAUGGUGCUGUGAGGGGAAUGAGCUGGUCCUGGUUUAUGAGUACUUGCCCAAUGGGAGCCUCAAUAAAGUUCUUCAUAGAAACUUCAAUUCUUCAGUUGUACUUUCAUGGAAGCAAAGAGUUAACAUAAUUCUGGGGGUUGCUUCUGCUCUUACCUAUCUUCAUGAAGAAUGUGAGAGGCAAAUCAUUCAUAGAGAUGUGAAGACUUGCAAUAUAAUGCUUGAUGCAGAUUUCAAUGCGAAGCUUGGGGAUUUUGGACUUGCAGAAGUGUAUGAACAUAGUUGUAGCACAAGGGAUGCUACUAUACCUGCAGGAACAAUGGGGUAUCUUGCUCCUGAAUAUGUUUAUUCUGGUGUUCCUACUGUAAAGACUGAUGUGUAUAGCUUUGGAGUAGUGGUGUUAGAAGUGGCAACGGGGAGGAAGCCUGUAGAAGAUGAUGGCACUGUGGUUGCUGAUUAUGUGUGGAACUUGUGGGAAAAAAACAAACUCAUUGAUGCUGCCGAUCCAAGAUUGAGUGGAAGGUUUGAUGCACUUGAGAUGGAAAGGAUACUCCUGGUGGGGCUUGUUUGUGUGCACCCUGACUAUGAGAAAAGACCCAGAGUAAGAGAAGCAGCUAGAAUUCUUAAGAAGGAAGCCCCACCUCCAAUGUUGCCUCCUAACAAACCAAGGGUGAGAAUUAGGCCUAUUUGUCCAAAUGAUACACCUGAAACACAAAAUGUUGUUGGGGACUGGAUCAGUACAGACGAGGGUCCAUAUAUGACUCCUAGGAGCCAGUUUUACUAA